AUUUUUAUUCUUUUCUCUAUUCCUUUCGUCAUAUGGCGUGCAGUGAGAUUCGCGUUCGUCGGCCAUAUUAAAUGAAAUCAAUAAAACAAGACAAAAUGUCGCCUUACUAAAGUGUGUGAAAAAAUCCACUAACAUCCAGUUUCUGUGUGAUUAAAUCAUCAAGAGGAUCACAAUGGAGAAUUCCUACGGUGUGGGGGUUGAUAACAGAUACGCUCUUUUUUUGGACGAUGAGUCCGAUCCUCUUGAUGCGUUAAAAGCGCGAGAGCAGGCGAAAGAGCUUAAAAAGAAGACCAAAGAUGCCGAAAAGGAGAACAAAGGCAAGCCUGAAGUAAAGCCCAAGGCUGGCGUAACCACUGCCAGGAAAGGAAUCAAAGAAACUCAGAAUGUGAAAUCACAGGAAAAUAAGAGCGGCGAACAACAAAAGGGCAAGGGUCCUGUUCGCACUAACGAGCGAAACGCAGAGCGACCACCUCCGCGCCGUCGUGAGGACCGGCCGCAAAACGGAGCCGUCGAGAACAAGGAAGGCGCGCCGAGACCUCCAAGGCGUGAGUUCAGCGACCGCAGGCCUAAUUAUGAGCGGCGCAACUUCAGUGAUAAUCCUGAUGGAGCUGAACGGCGAGGACCUCGACCGCCUCGUGAACCUCGGGACGGACAGCGCGGGCCGCGUCCGGGAUACGACAAUCGAGGGAAACGCGAGUUCGACAGGAGGUCUGGCUCCGAUAAGACUGGUGUGAAACCGGUGGACAAGCGCGACGGUGGCGGCUCUCACAACUGGGGAACACUGAAAGAUGACAUCGACGAGUUGAACAAAACUGGCUCUGAGGGGGAGGUGGUCGAGGAGAAGGUUGGUGACGCGGCCGGCGCUGGAGACGGUCAGCAACAGCCGGAGGCCGAACGCGCCGUCCCAGCUGAGGAGGAACCGCGGGAGCUUACGCUGGACGAGUACAAGGCGCUGCGAAACGCUCAGCGCACUGCUCCUCAGUACAACCUGCGCAAGGCUGGGGAAGGUGAGGACCUCAGUCAGUGGAAGAAUUUGGUAAUGCUCGAAAAAAAGAAAGAGGGUGGUGAUGAUGACGACUCCGAUGAGGAGUAUGACAUUGCCGACUUCCCUCAGCGUGUUGGACGUCAGAAGCGUGUGCUCGGGAUCGAGUUCACGUUCAAUGAUACAGCCCGCCGUGGAGGCACAGGUACGCGUGGUCGCGGUCGCGGGCGCGGAGGCAGAGGCGGCAGAGCGGGCCCACCGCGCGAGGAGUUGCCUGUCGAGGAGCGCCCACUUCCCCGUCAGCAGGUCGCACCUCCUAAGGUGGAUGACAACAAGGAUUUCCCCUCUCUUGGAUAAACUCAGUGAGCGAUUGCUCAUCUCCCUUUCGAAAGUAUGAUAGAAAUACAAAUUAAAUAUUGUAUGUACCGUUAUUUUUGAAGUAAAUAUACAAAAUAUUUACACAAGUGUGUAUUAUAUUACAUUGAUUUUUGUCAGUUUUAAUGUUGGUAUCAUCAUUAGCAAAUCAACAUUCGGUUUGCUUUCAGUUAUUCUUGUGAUAUGGGGUUUGCUGUCCUUAUGUCAUGUAGGAUUUUGCCUGAGGGGGAGGAUAUAUUUUUAAGUUUUUAUUCUGAUAUACAGCUACGAUAAUGCAUACAAAUUGACAGUAGCUAUUAUGGUAUUGUAAUCACAUCAGCUUAUGAUUAACUCUAGUAAGGUUUUAAACUUACAGACUGUGACAAACUUUAAUGAACUAACUCCGUCACAACUUAGUGUAGAACAUUGUGAAAGAUAACACUUGUUGCAUUUUAUAUCAUGAGUUUGUGUUGACAAAUACAAACUUUGGAAACUGUAAAUAGUUAUAUAUGUUUAAAAGAUAAGGUCUUAACAAGGUUGAUUUUUGUUGUUACACAAACUUCUGAAAAAUAAACAUUUUGUAUGUGUGA